CCUCUGAGCUCUGUCCUCGGCCCAAGCCCCACGCACCCUCCAGCCUGCCAGACUCAGUAGCUCCCCUCGCCCCCAGCCCGCUGGCCCUGAGUUCCAGCAGGGACGCCUCCAGCCGAGCGGGGCAGCGGAGCAGGUCUUCACUGCGCCUGCGCCGAGGACGCCGCUCUGCGGUCAGGCACCGCUGCCGCUCGCCCCUCCCGGCCCCGGGUUUCCAUGGCGACGUGUGCACGCGCGGGUCUGAGAGGGCCAAGCGGGGCAACUUCUUAGCUGAAGUGGCCCUUCCGUCGGCCUAGGGAGGAGAGGGUCGGCGCCGUGAGGUUUUGGUGCCGUGAUGUCCAGCAAAGCUGAGAAGAAGCGGAAGAAGGCGGGUGGCAAGAAGAAUGCCCGCAAGCGAGCUGCUCAGGCUGCUGUGGCCCCACUGGCCCCAGAGCCUGGGGAGGCCACCCAGCCUGACAGUAGGCGGAGCUCGGAGCUGGAGCAGCAGCCAGAGCUACUAGAGCCAGAGCCAGAGCCAGAGCCAGAGCCCGAGCCGGAGCCGGAGCCGGAGCCUCUCAAGGAGAAGCCUGAGCCAGAGUUAGAGAAUCCUGAAGUACAGAAAGAAGAAUUAGAGGAGCUUGAGGUGGAUGUGAAGCCCUUUUUCCUGUCUCGGACUGUGCUGACAGGACUGGCGGAUGCCAAAUGGACCGUGGAGCACGAUGCCAUGCUGGAACACUUUGCCCAGGACCCGACAGAGCCCGUCCUUACCAUCUUCAUUGACCCUAUUUUGGGGCUGAAGCUAGAAAUGGGCAUGCCUGUACAGACCCAGAACCAGAUUAUGUACUUCAUCCGCCAAGCACCGGUUCCCAUCACUCCACAAAACUUUGAGACGACUGUGCAGUUUGGGACAGUGCGGGGUGCCUACAUCCCAGCCCUGCUUCGCCUCCUCAGUGGUGUCUAUGCCCCUCAGAUCUUUACAAACACCAGCUGGCCUGAGAGCAUUCGAAAUCAUUUUGCUUCUCAUCUGCACAGGUUCUUGGCCUGCCUGACAGAUACUCGGUACAAACUGGAGGGGCACACUGUUCUCUACAUCCCUGCAGAGGCCAUGAACAUGAAGCCUCAGGUGGUGUAUAAGGACAAAGAGCUGGUGCAGCGGCUAGAGACCUCCAUGAUCCACUGGACCCGGCAGAUAAAGGAGGUGCUCAGUGCCCAGGAGACUGUGGAGACAGGAGAAAACCUAGGUCCCUUGGAGGAGAUUGAGUUCUGGCGCAACCGAUGCAUGGAUCUGUCUGGCAUCAGUUCACAGCUGGUGAAGGAGGGAGUGAAACACAUCGAGUCCAUCCUGCACCUUGCCAAGUCAUCCUACCUGACACCCUUUAUGAAACUGGCCCAGCAGAUCCAGGAUGGCUCUUGUCAAGCACAGUCAAACCUGACUUUUUUGUCAAUCCUGAAGGAACCUUACCAGGAAUUGGCCUUCAUGCGGCCUAAGGACAUCUCUAAUAAACUUCCUAAGUUGAUCAGUCUCAUCCGGAUCAUCUGGGUCAACUCUCCCCACUACAACACUCGGGAGAGACUGACCUCCCUCUUCCGAAAGAUGAGCAACGAGAUCAUCCGCUUAUGCUGUCAUGCCAUCUCCCUGGACCGCAUCUUUGAGGGAUAUGUCUCUUCUAGCAAGGAGGACCUACAAGGCUGCAUUUCCUGCUGUCAUGCCUGGAAAGACCAUUAUCUGCGGGCUGUGCAAAUGCAUACCCAGUUCUCCAGUCGGGGCUGGGUCCUAGACCAGACCAGCAUAUUUGCUCAGGUUGAUGCUUUUGUGCAACGCUGCAAGGACCUUAUUGAGGUAUGUGACUGUCAGUACCAUUUUGCCCGCUGGGUGGAUGGCAAGCAAGGUCCCCUUCCUUGCUUCUUUGGCGUCCAGGGGCCUCAGAUAACACGGAACUUGCUUGAGAUUGAGGAUAUUUUUUAUAAAAAUCUGCACAUGUUGCGAGCUGUUCGCGGGGGCAUCCUGGAUGUCAAGAACACCUCUUGGCAUGAAGACUACAAUCGUUUCCGUGCUGGAAUCAAGGACCUGGAGGUGAUGACCCAGAACUUGAUCACCUCUGCCUUCGAGUUAGUUCGAGACGUAGAGCAUGGAGUGCUGCUGCUGGAUACCUUCCACAGGCUGGCAACCCGUGAGGCUAUCAAGCGAACAUAUGACAAGAAGGCGGUGGAUCUCUACAUGUUGUUUAAUAGUGAACUGGCCCUCGUGAACCGUGAGCUGAACAGGAAAUGGCCAUCCCUGGAGCCCUACAUGGCCCAGUUUUCUGGACAGGCUCACUGGGUGCGGAUCCUGCGGCGUCGCAUCGACAGGGUCAUGAAUUGUCUUUCUAACGCUCAUUUCCUGCCCCACAUUGGGACUGGAGAGGAGAGUGUACAUACCUAUCAGCAGAUGGUUCAGGCCAUUGAUGAACUGGUUCGAAAAACCUUCCAAGACUGGACAGCAACCCUGGACAAGGACUGCAUUCGGCGGCUGGACACCCCAUUGUUACGAAUCAGCCAGGAGAAGGCGGGCAUGUUGGAUGUCAACUUUGACAAGUCUCUGCUGAUUCUCUUUGUGGAGAUUGACUACUGGGAGCGGCUGCUGUUCGAGACGCCCCAUUAUGUGGUGAACGUCGCUGAACGUGCGGAGGAUCUGCGUGUUCUUCGUGAAAAUCUGCUGCUCGUUGCUCGAGACUACAAUAAGAUCAUUGCCAUGCUGUCCCCAAAUGAGCAGGCCCUGUUCAAAGAACGCAUCCGCUUCCUGGAUAAGAAGAUCCACCCUGGACUCAAGAAACUGCACUGGUCCUUGAAGGGGGCCAGUGCCUUUUUCAUCACAGAGUGCCGCAUCCAUGCCAGCAAGGUACAGAUGAUUGUGAAUGACUUCAAGGCAUCCACUCUGACCAUUGGCUGGCGAGCCCAAGAGAUAUCAGAGACACUGUUGGUACGCAUUAGUGGCAAACGGGUGUACAGGGACCUGGAAUUCGAGGAGGACCAAAAAGAGCAUCGGGCAGCUGUGCAGCAGAAAUUGGUGAGCCUACACCAUGAUGUGAUAGCCAUCAUGACCAACUCCUAUGAAGUCUUCAAGAAUGAUGGCUCUGAGAUUCAGCAGCAGUGGAUGCUAUACACGAUUCGGUUGGACCACAUGAUGGAGGAUGCCCUGCGACUGAAUGUGAAGUGGUCACUGUUGGAACUGUCCAAAGCUAUCAAUGGGGAUGGGAAGACCUCCCCAAACCCACUCUUCCGAGUCCUUGUCAUUUUGCAGAAUGACAUGCAGGGAAAUGCGAAACAGGUGGAGUUCUCACCCACUCUGCAGACUUUGGCAAAUGUGGUCAAUGACAUUGGCAACCACCUUUUCUCCACCAUCUCUGUCUUCCGCCACCUCCCUGAAAUUCUCCUCAAGCGCAAGUUUUUUCGGGACCCCAUCCACUUAAUCGUGGAGCGUGAUGAGGACAUCAAGAAGAUCCAGGCCCAGAUCAGCAGUGGUAUGACGAAUAACGCAAGCCUGCUGCAGAACUAUCUCAAGACCUGGGAUAUGUAUCGGGAAAUCUGGGAGAUCAACAAGGACUCUUUUAUUCGUCGCUAUCAGCGUCUCAACCCUCCUGUCUCUUCUUUUGAUGCCGACAUUGCCCGCUACACAGAGGUUGCUAAUAAUGUGCAGAAGGAGGAGACCGUCCUCAACAUCCAGUUUGUGCUGCUGGACUGCUCGAAUCUCAAGUUCUCGCUGGUGCAGCACUGCAACGAGUGGCAGAACAAGUUCACGACUCUGCUCAAGGAGAUGGCAGCCCGGCGCCUCCUGGAGCUGCACACCUACCUGAAGGAGAAUGCGGAGAAAAUAAGCCGCCCUCCCCAGACGCUGGAGGAACUGGGGGUCAGUUUGCAACUCAUGGAUACCCUGCAGCACGACUUGCCCAACCUGGAGACCCAGAUUCCUCCCAUCCACGAGCAGUUCGCCAUUCUUGAGAAGUACGAGGUGCCCGUUGCGGAGAGUGUACUGGAGAUGCUGAACAGUCUCAAUGGGGAGUGGGUUGUCUUCCAACAAACUCUGUUGGACAGUGAACAGAUGUUGAAGAAGCACAAGGAGAAAUUCAAGACAAGCCUUAUUCACUCAGCUGAUGAUUUCAAGAAGAAAGCCCAUAAUCUUCUGGAAGAAUUUGGCACCAAAGGCCCCUUCACCAGUAGUGUGGGACACCAGACUGCUCUAGAUCAGAUCGCCCAAAUGCGGGCCAUGCUGAAUGCCAUGAGGGACGAAGAAAACACUCUCCGUACCAACUUGGGCAUCUUCAAGAUCGAGCAGCCAGCCUCCAAGGACCUGCAGAACCUGGAGAAGGAGCUAGACGCACUCCAGCAAAUCUGGGAGAUCACACGGGACUGGGAGGAAAACUGGAACCAGUGGAAGACCGGUCGGUUCCUGAACCUGCAGACAGAGACCAUGGAGACCAUGGCCCAUGGUCUGUAUCGUCGCCUUACAAGACUAGCCAAAGAGUUUAAGGACCGAAACUGGGAAAUUAUUGAAACCACUCGAUCAAAACUCGAGCAGUUCAAGAGGACCAUGCCUCUCAUCUCAGACCUGCGAAACUCCGCUCUCAGAGAGAGGCACUGGGAUCAGGUCAGGGAUGAGAUCCAACGGGAGUUUGAUCAGGAAUCUGAAAGCUUUACUUUGGAGAAGAUUGUGGAACUUGGAAUGGAUCAACACGUGGAGAAGAUUGGGGAGAUCUCUGCCUCAGCAACCAAAGAACUGGCAAUAGAGUUGGCAUUACAAAACAUUGCCAAGACUUGGGAAGUGAUUCAGCUAGACUUAGUACCCUACAAGGAUAAGGGCUAUCACCGGCUCAGAGGCACAGAGGAAGUAUUCCAGGCACUGGAAGAUAACCAGGUGGCUCUGUCCACCAUGAAGGCAUCUCGUUUUGUCAAGGCCUUUGAGAAGGAGGUGGACCACUGGGAGCGCUGCCUCUCCCUCAUCUUGGAAGUUAUUGAGACAGUGCUCACAGUGCAGCGUCAGUGGAUGUACCUGGAGAAUAUCUUCCUAGGAGAGGACAUCCGUAAGCAGCUGCCCAAUGAAUCAGCCUUAUUUGACCAGGUCAACAGCAGGUGGAAAACCAUCAUGGAGCGGAUGAGCAAGGACAACAAUGCUCUCCGGAGCACCCACUAUCCAGGUCUCCUGGACUCAUUGGUAGAAAUGAACACAAUCCUGGAAGAUAUUCAGAAGUCUCUGGAUAUGUAUUUAGAGACCAAACGCCAUAUUUUCCCCCGCUUCUAUUUCCUGUCCAAUGAUGACCUCUUGGAGAUUCUGGGCCAGUCUCGCAACCCAGAGGCUGUGCAGCCACACCUCAAAAAAUGCUUUGACAACAUCAAAUUGCUGAGAAUGCAGAAGCUUGGGGGGCCCAGCAGCAAAUGGGAAGCUCUGGGAAUGUUUUCAGGUGAUGGCGAAUAUAUUGAUUUCCUCCACUCGGUAAUUUUAGAAGGGCCUGUGGAGUCCUGGCUUGGCGAUGUGGAGCGGACCAUGAGGGUAACCCUACGGGACCUUCUCCGGAACUGCCGUCUGGCCCUCAAGAAGUUUCUUAACAAGAGGGACAAAUGGGUGAAGGAUUGGGCUGGCCAGAUGGUGAUCGCUGCCAGUCAGAUCCAGUGGACGGCUGAUGUCGCCAAGUGCCUGCAGACAGCUAAGGAGCGGGGAGACAAGAAAAUCCUCAAGGUCAUGAAGAAGAAGCAGGUGUCAAUACUGAAUAAGUAUUCAGAAGCUAUCAGGGGGAACUUGACCAAGAUCAUGCGGCUUAAAAUUGUGGCUCUGGUGACCAUAGAAGUUCAUGCCCGAGAUGUGUUGGAGAAGCUUUAUAAGAGUGGCCUCAUGGAUGUCAAUGCUUUUGAGUGGCUCAGCCAACUGCGCUUCUACUGGGAGAAGGAUCUGGAUGACUGUAUCAUCCGCCAGACCAACACACAAUUCCAGUAUGGUUACGAGUACCUGGGUAACUCUGGCCGGCUUGUCAUCACCCCCCUUACAGACAGGUGUUACAUGACACUGACGACAGCAUUACACCUGCAUCGAGGGGGCUCCCCCAAAGGCCCAGCAGGCACGGGAAAGACCGAGACCGUCAAGGACCUGGGCAAGUCCCUUGGCAUAUAUGUCAUCGUGGUCAACUGUUCCGAGGGCCUGGACUACAAGUCCAUGGGCCGAAUGUACUCAGGCCUGGCCCAGACAGGUGCCUGGGGCUGCUUUGAUGAGUUUAACCGCAUCAACAUUGAGGUGCUGUCAGUGGUGGCCCAGCAGAUCCUGUCAAUCCUAUCCGCCCUGGCUGCCGGCCUCACCCGCUUCUAUUUUGAGGGUUUUGAAAUAAAUCUGGUGUGGUCCUGUGGGAUCUUCAUCACCAUGAAUCCUGGCUAUGCUGGUCGUACAGAGCUUCCUGAUAAUCUUAAAUCCAUGUUCCGUCCAAUUGCCAUGGUGGUGCCUGAUUCAACUCUUAUUGCAGAAAUCAUUCUCUUUGGGGAGGGCUUUGGCAACUGCAAGAUUCUGGCCAAGAAGGUGUACACACUGUACUCCCUGGCUGUGCAGCAGCUCUCCAGGCAGGACCAUUAUGACUUCGGCCUCCGGGCCCUCACCUCCCUUCUGCGCUAUGCUGGCAAGAAGCGCCGCCUGCAGCAGGAUCUGUCUGAUGAAGAGGUUUUGCUGCUCUCCAUGAGAGAUAUGAACAUCGCCAAGCUGACGUUGUCCGACGUGCCACUGUUCAAUGCCAUCGUGCAAGAUCUCUUCCCCAGCAUUGAGCUGCCUGCCUUUGAUUAUGGCAAGCUGCGGGAGACCAUUGAACGUGAGAUUCGAGAUAUGGGCCUGCAGGUCACACCAUUCACCCUCACCAAGGUCACCCAAUUGUAUGAAACCAAGAACUCCCGCCACUCCACCAUGAUCGUGGGCUGUACGGGCAGCGGCAAGACUGCCUCAUGGCGAAUUCUUCAGUCCUCCUUGUCCUCCCUGUGCCGUGCUGGAGACCCCAACUUCAACAUUGUCAGGGAGUUCCCUUUGAACCCUAAAGCGUUGUCCCUAGGAGAGCUGUAUGGGGAAUAUGACCUGAACUCUAAUGAAUGGACAGAUGGCAUCCUAUCCAGUGUCAUGCGGAUGGCAUGUUCAGAUGAGAAGCCGGAUGAGAAGUGGAUCCUUUUCGAUGGGCCUGUGGACACGCUGUGGAUCGAGAGCAUGAACUCCGUCAUGGAUGACAACAAAGUGCUGACCCUCAUCAACGGCGAGCGCAUCUCGAUGCCCGAGCAGGUGUCUCUCCUGUUUGAAGUGGAGAACUUGGCAAUGGCCUCUCCAGCCACCGUGUCUCGCUGUGGGAUGGUGUAUACUGACUAUGCUGAUCUGGGCUGGAAGCCCUACGUGCAGUCAUGGCUAGAGAAGAGGCCAAAGGCUGAGAUAGAGCCCCUUCAACGGAUGUUCGAAAAAUUUAUCAACAAGAUUCUGGCCUUCAAGAAGGAUAAUUGCAAUGAAGUGGUGCCUCUACCCGAAUACAGUGGAAUCAUCUCCCUCUGCAAGUUGUACUCGGCCCUGGCCACGCCAGAGAAUGGGGUGAACCCAGCUGAUGGUGAAAACUAUAUCUACAUGGUAGAGUUGACAUUUGUGUUCAGCAUGAUCUGGUCUGUGUGUGCUUCUGUGGAUGAGGAAGGCCGCAAGAAGAUUGACAGUUACCUCCGAGAGAUUGAGGGCUCUUUUCCUAAUAAGGACACGGUGUAUGAGUAUUUUGUGGACCCCAAGAUGAAGAGUUGGACAUCAUUUGAGGAAAAGCUCCCUAAGAGUUGGCGCUACCCUUUAAAUUCCCCCUUCUAUAAGAUCAUGGUGCCUACUGUCGACACUGUUCGCUACAACCACUUGGUGAGAACCUUGGUGACCAACCAGAAUCCCGUCCUGCUGGUGGGUCCCGUGGGGACUGGGAAGACCUCCAUUGCCCAGAGUGUUCUGCAGUCCUUGCCCUCCAGCCAGUGGUCAGUGCUCGUUGUCAACAUGUCUGCACAGACCACAUCUAAUAAUGUGCAGAGCAUCAUUGAGAGCAGGGUGGAGAAGCGAACCAAGGGUGUCUACGUGCCAUUUGGGGGCAAAAGCAUGAUCACCUUUAUGGAUGAACUAAAUAUGCCAGCUAAGGACAUGUUUGGGUCUCAGCCACCCCUGGAACUGCUUCGCCUCUGGAUUGACUAUGGCUUCUGGUACGAUCGUUUGAAGCAGACCGUCAAGUACAUUCGAGACAUGUUCCUGAUGGCUGCCAUGGGCCCUUCCGGGGGUGGACGGACUGUCAUCUCCUCAAGGCUGCAGAGUCGCUUCAACAUCAUCAACAUGACCUUCCCCACAGAGUCUCAGAUCAUCCGGAUAUUUGGCACCAUGAUCAAUCAGAAGCUUCAGGACUUUGAGGAAGAGGUGAAGCCCAUUGGGAACGUGGUGACUGAGGCCACUUUAGAUGUGUACAACACUGUGGUCCAACGCUUCCUGCCCACACCUGCCAAGAUCCAUUACCUCUUCAACCUUCGAGAUAUCUCCAAGGUAUUUCAGGGCAUGCUCAGAGCCAACAAGGACUUCCACGACACCAAGUCCAGCAUUACACGGCUCUGGAUCCAUGAAUGUUUCAGAGUCUUCUCUGACCGAUUGGUUGACACGGCAGACACAGAAGCUUUUGUGACUAUCUUAAGUGACAAACUCGGCUCCUUCUUUGACCUCACAUUUCAUAAUCUUUGUCCCAACAAACGUUCUCCUAUCUUUGGGGACUUCUUGAGGGAGCCCAAGGUGUAUGAAGACCUAACUGAUCUGACCGUGCUGAAGACAGCCAUGGAGACGGCCCUAAAGGAGUACAAUCUGUCACCUUCUGUCGUGCCAAUGAAUCUGGUGCUCUUCCGAGAGGCUAUUGAACACAUCACAAGGAUUGUGCGGGUCAUUGGACAGCCUCGGGGCAACAUGCUCUUGGUGGGCAUUGGGGGCAGUGGGCGCCAGAGUCUGGCCCGCUUGGCCUCAUCAAUCUGUGAGUACAUCACCUUCCAGAUUGAAGUCAACAAACAUUACCGGAAGCAAGAGUUCCGAGAAGAUAUCAAGCGUCUAUACCGGCAAACUGGGGUAGAACUCAAAGCUACAUCCUUCCUUUUUGUGGAUACCCAAAUUGCUGACGAAUCAUUCCUAGAGGACAUUAACAACAUUCUCAGCUCCGGCGAGGUCCCAAAUCUCUACAAGACUGAUGAAUUUGAAGAACCGGAGGCUGACUCUGCAGGUGGACUUAACUGCCUCUCAAAACCCCUCGCCAGGAACUGGAUCCGCCAGUACCCAGCCUUGGUGAACUGCACUACAAUCAACUGGUUCUCAGAGUGGCCCCGUGAAGCCCUGCUAGAAGAAGUGGCUGAGUACCUCAUGGGAGUAGACCUGGGAACUCAGGAGAAUAUCCACAGGAAGGUGGCCCAGAUCUUCGUCACCAUGCACUGGUCAGUGGCUCAAUAUUCCCAGAAGAUGCUGUUGGAACUGCGAAGAUACAACUAUGUCACACCCACCAACUACCUGGAACUUGUAUCUGGAUAUAAGAAGCUGCUGGCAGAGAAGCGGCAGGAGCUGCUGGACCAGGCCAAUAAGCUGCGGACAGGAUUGUUUAAGAUCGAUGAGACGAGGGAAAAGGUGGAGAUGAUGUCUGUGGAGCUGGAGGAUGCCAAGAAAAAGGUGGCUGAGUUCCAGAAACAGUGCGAGGAGUACCUUGGUCAUCAUGUGCAGCAGAAGCGGGAAGCGGAUGAGCAGCAGAAGGCCGUCACAGCCCAUAGUGAGAAGAUCGCAAUUGAGGAAGUCAAGUGCCAGGCACUGGCUGACAAUGCCCAGAAGGAUCUUGAAGAGGCAUUGCCAGCCCUGGAAGAGGCCAUGCGGGCUUUGGAGUCUCUGAACAAGAAGGACAUAGGAGAGAUCAAGUCCUAUGGACGGCCCCCCGCCCAAGUGGAGAUAGUGAUGCAGGCAGUCAUGAUUCUUCGAGGCAAUGAGCCCACUUGGGCAGAGUCCAAGAGGCAGCUAGGGGAACAGAAUUUCAUCAAAUCACUGAUCAACUUUGAUAAAGACAAUAUCUCAGAUAAGGUUCUGAAGAAGAUCGGGGCCUACUGCGCCCAGCCCGACUUCCAGCCUGACAUCAUUGGCCGCGUCUCACUCGCUGCCAAGUCCCUCUGCAUGUGGGUACGGGCCAUGGAGAUGUACGGGCGGCUGUAUCGGGUGGUGGAGCCCAAGCGGAUCCGAAUGAAUGCUGCACUGGCCCAGCUUCAGGAGAAGCAAGCAGCGCUGGCGGAGGCCCAGGAGAAGCUGCGGGAGGUGGCUGAGAAACUGGAUAUGCUGAAGAAACAGUACGAUGAGAAGCUGGCACAGAAAGAGGACCUUCGCAUGAAGUCUAAGGAGAUGGAGAUGAAGCUGGAGCGAGCUGGGAUGUUGGUGUCUGGGUUGGCUGGCGAGAAGGCCCGAUGGGAGGAGACAGUAAAGGGCUUGGAAGAGGACCUGGGCUACUUGGUGGGUGACUGUCUCCUGGCAGCUGCCUUCCUGUCCUACAUGGGACCCUUCCUGACCAACUACCGGGAUGAGAUUGUCAACCAGAUCUGGAUCAGGAAGAUUUGGGAGCUUCAGGUUCCUUGCUCACCUCGCUUCACCUUUGAUGACUUCCUGUCCAAUCCUACCAAAGUUCGGGACUGGAACAUCCAAGGGUUGCCCUCAGAUGCCUUCUCCACUGAGAAUGGCAUCAUCGUCACCCGUGGCAACAGGUGGGCACUGAUGAUUGAUCCUCAGGCCCAGGCCUUGAAGUGGAUCAAGAACAUGGAAGGAAACCAGGGCCUUCAGAUCAUUGACCUGCAGAUGACCGAUUACCUUCGAGUCCUAGAAAACGCCAUCCAGUUUGGAUACCCAGUGCUGCUCCAGAAUGUGCAGGAAUAUCUGGACCCCACACUCAACACCGUGCUCAACAAAUCUGUAGCUCGAAUUGGUGGUCGGCUGCUGAUUCGCAUUGGAGAUAAGGAGGUAGAAUACAAUCCCAAUUUUCGUUUCUACAUCACCACCAAGCUCUCCAACCCCCACUACAGCCCAGAGACAUCAGCCAAGACCACCAUUGUCAACUUCGCAGUCAAAGAACAGGGCCUGGAGGCCCAACUACUGGGCAUCGUGGUCCGGAAGGAGCGUCCUGAGUUGGAGGAGCAGAAGGAUUCGCUAGUCAUCAACAUCGCUGCUGGCAAGAAAAAGCUCAAGGAGCUGGAGGAUGAGAUCCUUCGGCUGCUGAAUGAGGCCACAGGCUCCCUGCUAGAUGAUGUACAGCUGGUGAACACCCUGCAGACCUCCAAGUUAACGGCCACGGAGGUGACUGAGCAGCUGGAGACCAGUGAAACCACGGAGAUCAACAUUGACUUGGCCCGUGAGGCUUACCGUCCAUGUGCCCAGCGGGCAUCAGUCCUGUUCUUCGUGCUCAAUGACAUGGGCCGCAUCGACCCCAUGUACCAAUUCUCGCUGGAUGCCUACAUCAGCCUCUUUAUCCUCAGCAUUGACAAGAGCCAUCGCAGCAACAAGCUGGAGGACCGCAUUGACUACCUGAAUGAAUACCACACCUAUGCUGUCUACAGGUACACCUGCCGCACCCUUUUUGAGCGCCACAAGCUACUAUUCAGUUUCCAGAUGUGUGCCAAAAUCCUGGAAACUUCUGGCAAGCUCAACAUGGAUGAGUACAACUUCUUUCUGCGUGGCGGUGUGGUUCUGGAUCGGGAGGGCCAAAUGGAUAACCCAUGUACUAGCUGGCUCGCAGAUGCCUACUGGGAUAACAUCACGGAGCUAGACAAACUAACCAACUUCCACGGGCUCAUGAACUCCUUUGAACAGUAUCCUCGUGACUGGCACCAGUGGUAUACCAACUCCACCCCCGAGAAGGCCGUGCUGCCAGGUGAGUGGGACAAUGCCUGCAACGAGAUGCAGCGGAUGCUGAUUGUUCGCUCCCUUCGCCAGGACCGCGUGGCGUUCUGUGUUACUUCUUUCAUUGUCUCCAACCUCGGCUCCCGCUUUGUUGAACCGCCUGUGCUAAACAUGAAGUUGGUGAUGGAAGAUUCAACCCCACGAACCCCACUGGUGUUCAUCCUGUCCCCUGGUGUGGACCCCACCAGUGCCCUGCUCCAGCUGGCAGAGCACACGGGCAUGGCUCAGCGUUUCCACUCCCUGUCCCUGGGCCAGGGCCAGGCCCCCAUUGCUGCUCGGCUCCUCCGAGAGGGCAUGUAUCAGGGACACUGGGUGUUCCUGGCCAACUGCCACCUGUCACUGUCGUGGAUGCCUAAUCUGGACAAACUGAUAGAACGACUGCAGGUGGAGGAUCCUCACCCUUCCUUCCGCCUCUGGCUCAGCUCCAGUCCCCACCCCGAGUUCCCUAUCUCAAUCUUACAGGCCAGCAUCAAGAUGACCACAGAACCCCCAAAGGGCCUAAAGGCCAACAUGACCCGUCUUUACCAGCUGAUGACAGAACCACAGUUUUCCCGCUGCUCCAAACCUGCCAAGUAUAAGAAGCUGCUGUUUGCACUCUGCUUCUUCCACUCUGUGUUACUCGAACGCAAAAAGUUCCUGCAGCUGGGCUGGAACAUUAUCUAUGGCUUCAAUGACUCUGACUUUGAGGUGUCAGAGAACUUGCUGAGCCUCUAUCUGGAUGAGUAUGAGGAGACACCCUGGGAUGCGCUCAAGUACCUCAUUGCCGGCAUCAACUACGGUGGGCACGUCACGGAUGACUGGGACCGGCGCCUGCUCACCACCUACAUCAAUGACUAUUUCUGUGAACAGUCUCUAUCAAUCCCCUUCUACCGGUUGUCAGUAUUGGAGACUUAUUUCAUCCCCAAAGAUGGGAGCCUGGCCUCUUACAAGGAGUACAUCAGCAUGUUGCCUGGCAUGGACCCCCCUGAGGCCUUUGGCCAGCACCCCAAUGCAGACGUGGCCUCCCAGAUCACUGAGGCGCGGACUCUUUUUGAGACUCUGCUUUCCCUGCAACCCCAGAUCACACCCUCCAGGGUUGGAGGCCAGAGCCGAGAGGAGAAGGUCCUUGAGUUGGCCGCUGAUGUGAAACAGAAGAUCCCUGAAAUGAUCGACUAUGAGGGGACCCGGAAACUGCUGGCUCUGGACCCCUCCCCUCUCAAUGUAGUCCUUCUGCAGGAGAUCCAGAGAUACAACAAGCUUAUGGAGACCAUGCUGUUCUCGCUGACGGACCUGGAAAGGGGCAUCCAGGGUCUCAUCGUCAUGUCUACAAGCCUGGAAGAGAUCUUCAAUUGUAUCUUUGAUGCCCACGUCCCUCCACUCUGGGGAAAGGCAUAUCCCUCACAGAAGCCACUGGCUGCAUGGACCCGGGACUUGGCCCUGCGCGUGGAACAGUUUGAGCUGUGGGCUAGUCGUGCCCGGCCUCCUGUGAUCUUCUGGCUGUCUGGCUUCACCUUCCCCACUGGCUUCCUCACGGCUGUACUGCAGUCUUCAGCUCGCCAAAACAACAUCUCAGUGGACUGCCUCUCUUGGGAGUUUAUCGUUUCUACUGUGGAUGACAGCAACCUAGUGUAUCCACCCAAGGAUGGUGUCUGGGUUCGAGGCCUGUACCUGGAGGGUGCCGGCUGGGACCGGAAGAGCUCCUGCUUGGUGGAGGCAGAGCCCAUGCAGCUUGUCUGCCUCAUGCCCACGAUCCACUUCCGGCCUACGGAGAGUAGAAAGAAGAGCGCCAAGGGCAUGUACUCCUGUCCUUGCUACUACUAUACCAUCCGGGCAGGCAACGCAGACAGAGCCUCCUUUGUCAUCGGGAUCGACCUCCGGUGUGGCACCAUGACGUCUGACCAUUGGAUCAAGAGGGGCACCGCUCUACUGAUGAACUUGGACAACUGAGAAGGCCUCCUCUUCUUCCCCGCUAGCGAGAGGACUGGGACUCUAGGAACCAAAGCUGACGACGCACCUCAGGCCGAGGCUGGACCUCCCUCAAGCCUUGACCCUGGUUGAAUUUGUUGUGUGAUGGGGCCCCGGAGACACCUAGUGUGCUAGCCACAAAGGCGGAAGAAUUGUACUGGGUUCAGUGCAAUAAAACACCCGUGACGACA